AUGCCCCAUAGUUGGCCAAAAGAUGAGCAUAAACAAAAUUGCCUUGUUCUGAUUCCUGGCUUAUCUGAAAAAAAGAAGCUAGUAAAAAAUGAUAUAAUACACUUACUCUUAAAUACACUUUCUGAUAAAUUCUUACAAGGCAUGUUAGGAAAAGAAAAGGCUAUAGAUUGGGAACUUGGAUAUGCAAUGACCAUUUAUACCAUUGGUCGUGUAAAAUAUUUGAGCCAACUUAUUCGGAUUGAAGGUCCCUCAUUACCUCCUGAGAUUGAAGAUGCAAAAAAUAAGAAAGCUAUCGAACAUUCAUUGAGACUAUUUAUUUCUAUAGGAUAUAUAGAUUAA